UGCGUACGUUUCCGGCUGGGUGUUGCAGCGGGAGCGGGAAACAAGAAAACGAGAUACAGGAUGGGCUGUACUUGUAACAGUCAGUAAAAUCAGGCAUUAAACUGGGAGGAAGCGUGUUUUUCUGAAUAGCCCUAGCAACAGCUUUCUUACGUGUGUAAUUUGUAAUAACAGCUGUAAUUUGGGGCGCGAUAGAUUAUGUUAUGCCAGAGAAUUCUUUGUGUUCACACGUGAACGAACCAACAAAAUUCACGCGGUAAACAUUAGUACAUUAUAAUAGAUCUUUUCUUAAUAGAGCUUGCACUAAACCGGUGGCGUGACUGACGAGGGAGGGCACCAACAGGAACGCCAACUGCUGGGCACCACCUAGAAAUCUCGUCGAGCCGCAAGCAUUGAGAAAAUGGGGUCUACGUGGGUGCCUCUUUUGAAGCAUCCUGUGUGGUUUGUGCCACUUGCAUUGAUCUUCUUGCCCUUGUUUUCUCCACUGAAUGCAAGUCUCCAAUCUUAUGUCAUUAAUGAUGCUCCGGUGCAGAUAAUCAAGCCUAGUAAAGACCACAAGAUGCUGAUUAUAGAUAAAGAAAACAUGAAGGCUAUCUCCAAGAUCACAGGACCUGUGGCAACCAUUGGUGUUGUUGGAAAGUUUCAUUCUGGAAAAUCUUUUUUGAUGAACCAACUUAUGGGCAAGACUAAAGGAUUUGGCAUUGGCCCCUCUGUACGGCCCGAAACAAUGGGCAUCUGGAUGUGGGGAGAGGUUCAGUUUCUUUCACUGUUACUCUUUGGAAGAUUUUUUUCACUGUUUGCAUCGUUACUGUUAAGAUACCCUAGUUUUAUACAGGAAUAUAGUAUGCAUUUUUUUUGUAAGGUUAUACUUUGUCACCAUUAAAGGAAAUUUAGUGCGCCAA